AUGAAAACAAUUCAGGAAAAAGGAAAUAAAAAGAUCAAAGGUAUUCAAAAGUACGAUGAUAAUCAAUUCAAGUCAACUCGAUUAUUUAAGGGUAUCAAAGAACAAGAGUCACCAAAAGAUUUAAUUUAUUUCGAUGUCGAUAAUUACAACAAACCAAAGAAAUUAAUCUUUUAUUAUGCUUCUUUCAAAUUUCUGGACAUAAUCAAAAUUGUGAAAGAGCAUUUUAUUGAUGCAACCCAUUCAUUACUUGAAUUUAAAAUGUUGUUUUACAUGAUAUCAGCCAAAUUUCCAAAUACACAUGCAUUCCCAAUUUUUCAAUUUGUCGUUUAUCCAAACACUUCAGAAAAUAUUGCAUUCUGUCUCAAGGCAUUUUUUAACUGGGCAAAAGUAAAACCAAAAUAUUUUAUGUCAGAUUGUGCACAAGAAAUCGAAAAUGCGAUUAUCAACUCUUUUCCAGAAGUUAUCCUUCAUUGGUGUGCAGUUCAUGUAAUGAGGGCGUUCAGAAAAAAUUUGAAAGAUUAUGCAUUUGAGAGUUCAGACAAAUUGAUAUUAGAUACAAAAAUGAACUAUCUUGCAUACGGCAGAAAUGGCAAGAAAGAAUGGAUUGAACCAACGUUCAAAAAAAUUCUGGAAAUAGCCGAAAAAUUCCCAGAAUUUUCAAAAUACAUACAAAAUCAAUGGAUAUCAAACCAAGAAAGAUGGACAGCCGCUGAAAGAGAUGAAAAUUUAGCUCUCACAAAUAACAUUUCAGAAUCGAUUAACAAAAAAAUUAAAUAUUACUACUUUGGCGGAACAAUUUUCAUGAGAUUUGAUCGAUUUGUGAUGAAAUUAAUCGAUUUUAUCGUUCCUUCAUUUUAUUACAGAAUUUCUCAAGAUAUAAGGCUCAGAGACAAAAUUCCAAAUCCGUUGCCAUCUGAAAAAAAGCCAAAAAAGUCUACAAUCAGACUGGAUACAGAAAAAUGUAUAAUGCUCACUGAUAAAAUUAAAUCGUUAAUAGUUAACUCAUCAGCAAACUUAAAUACGCUUCAAUUGGGUUUAGAUGACCUACUUGAUAAAGUUGUCAAGGCAGCAAAGGUUCAAAAACGAAUGACCCAGUAUUUUUCGAAAUUAAGUAUCCCAAUGGAAAUCAAGCUUAGUAUUCUCACGCAAAUUACAGAAUUUGGAUGCAAUACCCCUCAAUUCAUUGUUGAGAAUGCCAAGUCUUUUCAAGAUAAAAUUAUUACAGAUUUCCACCUUCAAAUUUAUACAACAUUAUAA